AUGUCGAUCCAGGACAAGACACAAUGGUGUAUCAACAUGAUCAACAGCUCGUCAAAUGCAGAUCCAGCAGACGUCCUUCUCCUUUUAGGACGUCCUGGAGUCGGGAAAUCAUCAUUCUUGGAGCAUGUCACUGACGCCAGUGGCCACGCGGGUGAUGGUACAGAACCUGUUACCAAGACAUUCCAGAUCGAAACUGUUAGGGGCAGUCAAACUCCCCUGUUUAUCAUGGACACGCCCGGCAUCAAUACGAAUGCUGAAGCAGCGGCCCUUACGGAAAUCGCACGUGGCAUCGAGACCAUUCGAUCCAAAGCCCGAAUCGUCGGCGUCCUCUACGUGAUCAGAAUCAUUGAUCGAAACGAAGCCAUCGAUGACAAGUUGCGGGCCUUUCUCCUAAGCUUCUGCGGCUCUAGAUUUAUACCGCGCAUCACGUUUGUCACGACACACUGGACUGCAGAAGUGGAAGCGCAAAGACACGGAUACAACCGCAAUCUUGAAGAGCUCAAAAGGAGGAGUCAGAUUGACUUCGUGAGAAAGGGAGCAAAAUUCUAUGAGCAUGGGCGAGAAUUCGUCGCUGCUGGUGGUUCAUCCGAGUUUCUCCACUGGUGGCGUCAGCAGACCGAUAUUGCUAGGCAUGCAAAGACUAUGAUCCAUACCUGGUAUGGGAGAAAUCAGGAGGUGGAAAGUCCUCGCUUUGUUCAAGAGCUCGAAAGCGGUGUCUCUGUUCUUCAAACUGACGCCGCAAGAUCACUGGGAGUCUUCUCUGAUACAUCCGGGUCCACGUUCCCACCAGAGCAGGAACGAAGUGCACCAAAUGCGGAUCAACGGCCAAGAGAUACACGGGAAUCGACGCCUAAUCCCCCUAGCGGUUCGAAUGCGAGUACGGAAGAGGGAGGAAGGGAGGAAGGAGAACAAACUCAACAAGCCGAACCCUCAUUCUGGGAGAAGGUCCGGGAGAAGGUCCAGGAGAAGGUCUGGAACGUGGCCACGAGCCUUCGCCCCACAAUCAACGUCACUAGCGAAGGCAUCAGCGUAAUGUUCUCGACACCCAAUCAAGAAGGGAACAUCCGAGGAACCUUUCAACAUCCUUUUCCUCGGAGUCAUGCUCCUCACGACCGGGGUGAGCCGCCUGGACAGCCUCGCGAAUGGCCUAAAGGGUUUGAUCGAAAAUCUCCCAUCGAUAAUAUGAAAGUCAGAGGGUACGAUUCCAGUCUCCAAAGCCGUAAACAGAAAGUAAGGGAUUGGGGUAUUACGCUUCCAGGAACUCCGGGAGACCUUAUAUGGGGUACGGCGUUUAACCAUGAGCUGAACAAGCGAGAGCCUUGGUAA